AUGUCCGCCGAUGACAAGGCGACAGGCGGACAUGGUCUACAGCUUCCACCGCCCGCGGUAGCAGGGAACGGGGAUGGGCAGGUUCACGAUGAGGCCAAGCCCGCAAGUGUGGACGGAGGCGCCGCGGCGGAUGGCGAAGAAGAAGAGGAGGAGGAGGAGGAGGAGGAGGAUGAAGAGCCCAAGCUGAAGUAUGCGAAGCUCACAGCAGGCUUGACCGGCGUUUAUCGCAACAAUGAUAGCACGAGUGCUUUCUUGGCCGCAGGGGACAAGAUGAUCAUUGGCACGCACAACGGAAGCGUACAUGUGCUUAGCGCACCCAGCUUGCAGGGCUUGAGAAGUUGGCGAGGACAUCAGGCGACGGUCACUAGUGUUUCAGUGUCGCCUGUCCCACCACCGCCGACUACCGUCCGCUCUGAGCGCGGAGAGACAUCGAUCGUGUCAGUAGGUGGCCCGGCCGCAGCAGCUAGGGCAGCUUCGGUACAAGGACAGAGUCGCAGUCAGCAAAGCCCUACGACAGGCCGAAGCAGUGCACAGCAGCCUGCGUCGGGUGUCCCAAACUUGCCAAGCAACCAGAUAUACGUUGCGACUUCUUCGUUGGACGGUCAUGUAUGCAUUCAAUCGCUCAUCGAUUCUAAGGAUGUGCAACUGCGCAACUUUGCCCGCCCCGUAAACGCUGUUGCUCUUAGUCCGGACUACAAGAAUGAUCGUAGCUACCUUUCUGGUGGUCUGGCCGGGCAGCUUGUCCUUACAAUUGGCGGCAAAGCGGGAGUCAGCGCAGACGCCAAUACCAACAGUGCUGCCGCAGCGGCUUCCCACUGGCUGGGUAGCAUCGGUAUUGGCGGUGGUACAGGCAAGGAUCAAGCCUUACACUCAGGCGAGGGCAGCAUUAGCACUAUCAAGUGGAGUCCAAGUGGCAAAUGGGUCGUUUGGGUGAAUGAAGAAGGCAUCAAGAUCAUGCGUUCGCACCUCAGGUUGGGCAGCGAAGACAGUGAGGAUGCAUGGCGACGAAUAGCCCACGCUAGUAAGCCUAACAAGAAGUACUGGGAAGGUAUGGCGAGCGUGUGGAAAGCGAGAUGCGAAUGGGUCAGUGAGAAGAGACUAGAGGCCGAUCUCGUCAGCGCUGAAAACGAUACCGAAGUCAAGGUUAAUGGCACUGCAAAUGGAACGAGCACCAACAAACCCACUGUCACCGCGAAGAAGGCGAAGAAGGCGGAACAGCUCGUCGUGGGCUGGGGUAACACAGCAUGGAUCAUGCACGUCCUCGAAGGCGGCACAUCACACAACGGCCAAAGACAAGUCGGCAGUGCAGAUAUCGUACACAAGCUUCACUUCUACGACUGCAUCGUCUCCGGCAUCGCACUUUAUACUCCGACCAUGCUUGCAAUCCUGGCAUAUCGGACGAGAGACGAUGACGAUAAUCCGAUUGAAGCCAAUGAUACACCUACCAAGGGUAUGCAGCGCCGCAAAAAGACCGGGCUUGCCCCUCAGCUCAGACUCGUCAAUGUCAAGGACGGCGAGGAAGUCGACGUGGACGAGCUCUCCAUAUCUCGCUUCGAGACGCUGUCGGCGCAGGACUACCAUCUCGACACCCUUUGGAUGCCUUCUCCUCUGCCAGAGAAGGCGCUCAAAGACCAAGGCGGUCGGAACGCACUGCAAGCGGUUUGGGAAGCUUCCGGUGGCGGCUAUGCCGAGCGCCUGUUCAGCUCUGGCGCAAGCGUCAUGAGCGGCAGCAGUAGUGGACGCGACGAGAAGACUGGUCGACUAUCUGUCCGAAGCCCGCCGUCGAGCAUGCAGGGAGUGCCAGUCGCACAGUCUACCAGGCGUCCGGUAAAUUCACAUCCGUAUAUGGAGGCGCAGGGCAUCAAGUUGGUAAUCCAAAGCCCAUAUGACUGCGUACUUGCCAUCCGACGAGAUCUUGCGGAUCACCUUGAGUGGCUUGUCGAACAUGAACGCUACGCACAGGCUUGGCAAGUCGUUGACGAGCACCCAGAUAUCGUUGACGCGUCCGAUCGACAGUCCUACGUCGGUGGUUCAGAUACUGGCACACCGUCUCGCGGGCGGAACCAGAGUCUAGCAGACUUCUUCACCGACUCAUCUGACCCGCAAACGACAGCAGACGGUGCGGUAGCGCAUACGGCUGCCUCGCAAAAAGAAAAGCGAAGGAUAGGCGAUUUAUGGCUUCAGCAGCUCGUCUCCGCCGAGCAGUGGGCUGAAGCCGGCCAGAUUGCGGGCAAAGUGCUCGGUACGAGCUCGAGAUGGGAGCACUGGGUCUGGACUUUUGCACAAGCAAACAAGUUCGACGAGAUUACACCUCACAUCCCUUCGACGCAGCUCAAGCCGCCACUGCCAAGCCUAGUGUACGAGGUCAUUCUGGGCCACUACAUACAAACCGACUGCGCCAGGCUGAAGCAGUUGCUGGAUGCUUGGGAUCCUGAACUAUUUGACGUGCGCUCUAUCGUCUCCGCGAUCGAGAAUAGAUUGCAGUCUGGGGAAGUAAGUGAGAAUACUGUAGAAGACGGCGAGCCUGGCCGAGACUGGCGGAUUCUUUUGGAAGCGCUCGCGAAAUUGUAUCUGGCAGAUGGUCGCUCACGAGAGGCCCUGAGAUGCUACAUUCGUACGCAGAACGCAGAUGCGGCGAUGCAGUUGAUUAAAGAUGGUGGUAUGGUCGAAGCCAUUGGCGAUGAUAUUCCGGGUUUGCUCACAAUGAGGGUCAGUAAGGAGCAGUUGCGAUCUGCGCCGCCCAGCGAGCUCGAGGAUGCCAGCAGCGAAGCGGUGCAACUUCUGGUUGACGAAGCGCUGCGUGGAACCAUACCGCCUGCGGCCGUCAUCAAGCAGCUCGACCGCAAAGGGCCAAGCUUUCAACCUUUGCUCUUCUUCUACUUCCGGUCCCUCUGGCGCGGACCGCAGGAUCAAGAACAACAGCCUGCGCCUAGACGCAAGUUCGAUCGGCGCAUUGACGAAGGUCAUGCGCUUGUGGAAGACCAUGCCGACCUUGCCGUCCGUCUCUUCGCGGAGUAUGAUCGCGAUGUGCUCAUGGACUUUCUCCGAACAAGCGAAGUCUAUAAUUACGAUAAGGCUGCCACCAUCUGCGAACAACGACACUAUAUCCCUGAACUCGUAUACAUCCUCUCGAAGACCGGCCAAACCAAGCGUGCUCUAUCCCUUAUCAUCGGCGAGCUCGGCGACGUCAAGCAAGCCAUAGCCUUCGCGAAGGAAAAUGGUGAGCUCUGGGACGACUUACUCGACUACAGCAUGAACCGGCCGCGCUUCAUCCGCGGGCUGCUGGAGGAAGUGGGCACGGCCAUCGACCCUGUUAAGCUGAUACGUCGCAUACCGAACGGACUUGAGAUAGAAGGCCUGAAAGAAGGCAUACAGCGGAUGGUGAGGGAGUACGAGAUCCAGUACGACAUCUCCGAAGGCGUGGCACGGGUGCUUCGAGGCGAAGUGGCCGUGGGAAUGGACACGCUCCGCGCUGGCAGAAAGAAGGCCGUAAGGUUCGAAGUCGUGCACGAUCGACAUGAAGCUGGUGAUGUCGAUCUCAGCGUCAAGGAUGUACCGACGAAGGUACCAGAUGGCGAGGUAUUACCGGUCGGUAAGAGGAAGGUGGAGACCAAGAGCGUCAAGCCUGGGCAUUGCGUGGGCUGUGGUGACGCUUUCUCGGAAGACGAAAGAGAAACCCUUAUCGGCUUCGCCUGCGGUCACGUCUACCACCUCUCCUGCCUCCUCCGCGCCAACCCGGACACGGCGGACGAAGAGACCGUCGACCGCCUACUCGCCGAGCUGGGCAACAAGGACGACGAGCCGAACGAGUACAGUGGUCGCAGCGUCGGUGCCAAAGUCGCCCACGCUCACAUCAUCAAGAACGCCGUCCAGGGUGGGUGUCAACACUGCAUGGUGCCGGAGGGAGCGUAG